CGUGUGUCGUUCUAAGAGUUUUGAAGGAACAAAGGAAGUUACUUUAAUGGGAAAGAAGAAAAAAAAAACAUUCACAUCAGGUCAUGGGCCAUGGGUUCCUAUGUGUUGAAAGAAAACAAGAAAACAGUCGUAGAGUAAUCAGUUUAAUGAAAACUGAAAAGUGGUGGUGGGGACUGGGGGAGAGGGCAUGGAAAAGGAAACGGAAGCAGAAAGACUUCCUUCUCUUCUCCAAGUUCUCUGACUCACUUCUCUCUUGCUUUCUUUAUUCUCCUUUAAUAUCAUUAUAUUAUCAAGGAAUUGAUUAAUACUCCCCAAGCAAAGCAGUACUGUAACAGAGCCACACAGACCCAUAAUUGUACUGCCUGCUAGCUGCUGCCUGCUGCCCUGCUCUGCUCUGCUCCAACACAAAUCCAAACGCACCCAGUUUCCAUUCUUCCGUUUCCUUUCCGACUUCACUUCUUUAUUAUUGUGUGAACAGAAGAAAGGAUCCAAAUCCCAUUAUUAUCACCACCACCACCACCACCACCUAACUCCUUCGAAAAUCUUCCAUUAACCUUACUCGAUCCACUUUUCACCCAUCUCCCCCCUCCUAUGGGAAGAAGAAGAACAACAACAACAAGAAGAAGAGCCUGCUGAUUCUGCUUCUGGGUCGGUCUCUCUCUUUCGUUUUCUUCUCCUCCUCUCAAAAAGAUGCAAACUUUAAGCAGUACCCAGCUGGAAAGGGAGAGGGAGAGGGAGCAUCAUUUCAGCCGCAGCAGCAGUGACCUGUCAUUUGGGGAGAUUGGGGCUCACCGGAACUCCACCGCCUCCGAUGGCAUCUCCGACUUGGAUUUGGAGAGUGGGGAAUUGGAGCUGAAGGUGCAUUCCGCUGAUCAUAUUAAUAAUGAUAAGGCUGCUGCUGCUAGAGAUUGCAGGAUUUGCCAUUUGGGUCUGCUGAGUAAUGAGCAUGAGAGCGGGGUGGCCAUUCAGCUGGGCUGUUGCUGUAAAGGCGAUCUCGCUGCCGCUCACAAGAAGUGCGCCGAGACUUGGUUCAAGAUAAAGGGUAACUUGAUAUGUGAGAUCUGUGGUGCUGCAGCCGUUAAUGUUGCUGGGGAGUUGACAAACAUGGCGUUCAAUGCAAAUGCUGCUGCAUCAGUACCCGCAACAGCUCCAGUAGUUCUGGUGGAAGCCAGGCCGGCGUGGCAUAGCCGCCGUAUUAUGAACUUCCUACUCGCUUGCAUGGUUCUCGCCUUUGUUGUUUCCUGGCUCUUCCAUUUCAAAAUUCUUCCAUGAGUCCACAUCCCAAAACAGAGGGGAGCUGGUAGCUAAGCUAGGCAAAUCUGCAAAUUAUUGUUAUGUAAAAAGCUAGAGGGCAUCGUGUAUUGAUUGUUUGUAUAAUAGUUUCAGGCCUAGAUGUAAGAGUCC